AUGGCUUUUCUUUUCAAGUCCAAGAAGAAUCAGGAUCGAGCUCUUGCAAGCCGCGAUGGAAACUCUGGCGGCUCGCAGGGUUCAAUCCAGAGCCAGCGAGAGAGAAUCGCGAGAGAAGAGAAGAACGGCACACAGCGCUCAACACCAACCGGCAGCUUGAACUCAAUCGAUCGCGAUGGCAGCGCCGGUGCUGGAAGCCCCGACCAAGGCUACACUCGCCAGCGAGGACCCAGCGUGGACCAAAUACCGACGCAAGCGCCUUCAAACGAUUUGCCUCUUCGCAACGCUCCCCCAGUAUCCUCGCAAAACCAGAUGCCUCCCCAACAACAAAUGAUGAACCCUAAUGCGUCGCUAUACCCUUGGUCGCAACGACGAUUGACAUACACAUCUUCACACCCGAGCCCUUUUCCCCGUUAUGGAGCGGCUGUCAAUUCGGUGUCGUCCAAGGAGGGCGACAUAUACGUGAUGGGAGGUUUAAUCAACAGUUCCACCGUCAAGGGCGACUUGUGGAUGAUCGAGGCCGGGCAGAACAUGGCCUGCUAUCCUCUGGCGACGACAGCUGAGGGGCCGGGCCCGAGAGUUGGGCACGCAAGUUUGCUUGUUGGCAAUGCCUUCAUCGUCUAUGGCGGUGACACCAAAGUCGAUGAGAUGGACGUCCUGGACGAGACGCUCUAUCUUCUCAACACCUCUACGAGACAAUGGUCGAGAGCACUGCCCGCUGGCACCAGGCCUUCUGGCCGCUACGGUCACUCUCUCAACAUACUUGGAUCCAAGAUUUACAUCUUUGGCGGUCAAAUCGAGGGCUACUUCAUGAACGAUCUCGCGGCGUUUGACCUUAACCAGCUACAAAUGCCCAAUAACCGGUGGGAGAUGUUGAUCCAGAACACUGAGAGUGGCGGACCGCCCGUCGGCAAAAUCCCAGCUGCCCGAACCAACCACUCUGUCGUUACUUACAAUGACAAGAUGUAUCUCUUCGGUGGUACAAACGGUUAUCAAUGGUUCAACGAUGUUUGGAGCUACGAUCCUGCCACGAACGAAUGGACGCAACAUGACUGCAUUGGGUACAUCCCAGUCCCUCGUGAGGGUCACGCUGCAUCAAUUGUCGACGAUGUUAUGUACAUUUUCGGAGGACGAACGGAAGAGGGUGUCGACCUCGGAGAUCUGGCCGCCUUCAGAAUUACUUCGCGCCGCUGGUACACCUUCCAGAACAUGGGCCCUUCGCCCUCUCCUCGAUCCGGCCACAGCAUGACUACCGUUGGCAAGGCCGUGGUUGUCGUCGGAGGCGAACCCUCUUCGUCCCCCGCCAGCGUUGGCGACCUUGGAAUAGUCUACAUGCUCGAUACUACAAAGAUUCGGUACCCGAACGAUGCGGCGGCAGCACAACAACCUAAUGGACCGCAGGCGAAUGGUCAGCAACGCCCGCAACAGGCGAGGCGGCCCAGUGCUGCAGCAGAGACAAGGAAUAUCUUAUCACGAGACGGUUCCCAGGGUCCUCCUGAUCAAAAACGACUUGUAGGUGCACCUGGCGCACCUCGCGAUGCCUCCGCCGUCAACAGCCCCACCAACGUGGUGCGAGGAUCUCCCAACGGAACGGACGCGAACCCGGCGGCAGUCAACAACAUGUCGAAACUCCCCAGAUCUGCAGUGACUUCGCCCCCGGCUGGCCCCCCGCCCCAAGGACCAACACCUGCAAAGCCUUCAGUUCAGACUGGAAACUUGGGAAGAGUUAGGGGACAGUCAUCGGAGAGAGAUGGAUCUGUUGGUGGCUCCCCGCAGAUUGCUGCAGGCCAGUCUCCCGUAAUACGUGAGGUUAAAGAGCCAGCGUCCAAGGACGCGGAGAGCCCAGUCACCAAUGGGCGACGUACUCCUCAGCAGGUCACAAGAUCUGGCUCCAAGUCUGAAUCUGGCCCUUCGGAGCCUUCCAAGACCAGGUCUAGGCAAGGGAGCAGGUCUCAAACCUCCGUGGAUAGUACAACGGAGCCAGCUUUGAAGGCAAUGCAAAUUCAACACCAAGCUCAAGUUCAACCACCACCUCAGACGCAAGCACAACCGCCUGCACCAGUUCAACCUCCCGCCCAAGCACAGCCACCGCCACCAACCCAAAAGCAGUCGCCGAUACAAGUGCAGCAACCUAUCCGCCCGGCCUCGCCACCGGCUCCCACCCGUCAACCCAGCAAUCCGUUGUCUCGACGAUCCUCUGGCCGCACCUCACAGACUGUCGCUAUACUGAAGGAAUUGGACACAGCUAGGAACCGCAACGCUUGGUAUGCGUCAGAGCUUGAGUUGGCCCGCAAGGCUGGCUAUGUUCCCAACGCAAGCCUCAGCCCUGUUCUUGACAGCAGGGCCGCAGAGACCUUUGAUGACGAGGACAAGCCCCUUAUUGAGGCUCUCUUGGCCAUGAGAACUGAGCUCGCUAACGUUCAGGCAUCCGUUGAUAAACAAGCCAUUCUCGCUGCGAAACAAAUCGCCGAAGCAGAGAAGCAGCGAGACGCUGCAAUUCAAGAGGCGGUGUAUGCUAAGGCAAGAGUCGCAGCCCAGAUGGGUGGGAGCGUUGCAAGCACUCCCCAGCUAGAUGGCGAACGCGAUGUAGAUGACCGUUCCACCGAGAUCAGCCGCAAGUUGGCUUCUGCCCUGAACUAUCAAAAGGACCUCCAAGCCCAGCUUGAGAUGAUGAAAUCCGAGCUUGAAGCUGAGAAACGCGCCCGCCUAUUGGCCGACGACACCACCAAUGCUUCCCAGAAACGGAUGAGCGAACUCGAGUCGUACAAGACAAUGACUUCUACCGAGCUCGAGCAGCUCAAGGCCGAACUGCACAUGGUGCAGAAAGAAGCUAGGGAGCAGGCUGUUCAAUACACAGAGGCCAUGGCAGCGAUUCAGCUCAUGACCGUUGAGAAGGACGAAUUUGAGAAGAAGUACAACGAUUCCAUCGGCAGCUCCAAGGAGCAGAACGAUACCUUCGACUCUCUCCGUACCGCCAUGGCUGCUUCCGCAGAGAUGAAGGCGCUCUUGGAGGGCAAGCUGGAGGAGGAGCGCUCGCAAAGGGAGCAACUCGAGUCGAAGUUCAACAAGCUCAAGGCGGAACACGAAGCACGUACCACAGAGCUCGUGGCUGCUACUCAGCGACUGCGUGACGCUGAGGAGAUCGCCGAGAAGCACGCCAACGAAGCAAAACUCCACCAGCAAGCUGUGUUGGCCGGAUUCGACAAAGUCACCGCGAGGAACAUCGGAUCCGACGGCAAAGCCGACGAAGGACGUGCCAAGGCAUUGCAGGCCCAGCUCGUCGCUGCGAACGCGCUCGUCAAGAAGUACCAGCAAGAGGCCGAUGCUGCGGCUGAUAAGCUUCGCACUGCGGAAGAGCGCAUUGCUGGAUUGGAGGUCUAUCAGGAGCAAUCCAGUCGCGAGGGUGUGGCAAUCAGGAGACAGCUCCAGGCGGCUCUGAGGGACACUCAAUCUCUGCAGGCUAAGAACUCAGACCUGAAGCACCAACUUCAGAACCAACAGCUGGAGACCAACGCGAUGACCGUGCAACACAACACCCUGAAAGACAUCCUCGUAGAGCGUGGCAUCAGCCCCACGGGCAUGUCGCGAACCCGAAGCAUUGGCAGCCCGCGAGUGAACACUCCCGAGGCGGCCCGCAUUCGCGAUCUUGAGGAUCAGCUCAACGCCGCAUUGUCCGCCCAUGAAGAGAAUGCACAGCGCAGCACAGCUCAACAAGAGGCCAGCGAAGCUGCGUACCGUGAGAAGCUCAGCCAGUUGGAAAACGACUAUCAGUCUGCUGUGCACUACGUCAAGGGUACGGAGAAGAUGCUGAAGCAACUCAAGGAACAGCUCGCUAGGUAUAAGACGGAGAACGCCAAGCUCAAGAACGAGGUUAUCGAGCUUGAGGAUCGCGUGGAGGCAUCCGCCGGCAACGACGGAAAUGCGCCUGCUAACUGGGAAAGCGAACGCCACAUUCUACAGGAGAAGAUUGAGGCCCUGGAAGAAGACUUGCAGGCGUCCACCGAACAGCUUGAAACACAACUCACUGCAGUCAGAAAGGAGCUCGAGGAUAGCAAGCAGCAACGCGAGGGCGCUCUCAAGGACGCUGAGGAAGCUUCCCGGAAACUCGCCGCCAACCGCCGGGACUUGGAGAGCCUCCAGCAGGAGAACCUCCUUCUCGAGCGUCGCGCCCAGGAUGCCGAAGGCAAGGUCUCGCUGCUUCUUGACCAGGUCGAGAACUCAGUCGACAGCUACCGCCGGCAAAGCAGGCAAGCACCGAGUAUGACCUCAGACCUGACCGAGAGGGGUACCAACGGAAACAGCGCCGGGCACCGACGACAGGAUAGCUCUGACGUGGAUAGCACCUACGGUGCAGUCGCUGGCGGAGUUGACGGACGCAAUAGCACUGCGUUGGACAAUCUGGCAGAUGAGCUCGAGACUCUGCGGACCCACUGGGAAGCCACCAACAAGAACUACCGCCUCAGCAACACCUUUGACUUUGAGGGCGCCGCGACCCCUACUCGCAAGGACGAAGAGGUCGGACUUGGCCUCAGCGAAAGUCUGGCCGACUGGCGCAAGCGACUCGACGUAGACGAACAAGCCGAGAACGAUCGAGCGAAGACGAAAAGCCGACCUGACAGGCCUUAG